CCCAGCUAACAAGUAGUGCGAGUUAUUUUUAUCUUCAACCUGAUGUUGGUGUUUUGAGUCUAAAUAUUCCUUUAGUACGGGGAGAUUCAAGAAAAAUUUACGAAUGCUGAGUUAAAAGAAUGUCAACUAAUAUGAAAGAUAUCGAGACAAUACCGACUACAGUCCCAGAAGGCACCCCAUUACCCAUAGAAGCACAGUCAGUCGAAAACUUUGGUUCCUGGGUUCCCACUCCAAGUAAAUCAUCAUCGUCAGGCCGAUUUGCCCAGAUUGAGGUUAUCCCGUGCAAGGUGUGCGGGGACAAGUCAUCGGGCGUUCAUUAUGGCGUUAUCACAUGUGAAGGCUGUAAGGGUUUCUUCCGGAGGAGUCAGUCCGGUCCAGUUAACUACCAAUGUCCUCGAAACAAGAACUGUGUAAUAGACAGGGUCAACCGGAACCGGUGCCAGUACUGUCGACUACAGAAGUGUAUAGCACUGGGCAUGUCCAGAGAUGCUGUGAAGUUUGGUCGAAUGUCAAAGAAACAGAGAGAGAAAGUUGAAGAUGAAGCUAAUAUGGUGAAACAAGGGCGUCUGAAUGGGUAUGAUGGUCUUCAAACUCCAUUUCCAACAAACAACAACAUUAACAACAUCAACAACAACAACAACAAUCAUCAGUUUGUGACGUUAUCGAGUCCCCAGUACGGGUAUCAGAGCAACGGCUACACCUACGCAACAAUAUCCGACCCACAGCCCGCACAGCAGGAGUUCCCAACAUGUACAAACAACGGCAGCUUUACUUCCACUACCACCACCACCACCACCACUACCACCACGCCACCACAUCCAGUCGCUCUGCUCCGAGCCAUAGACCUCAUGGACCCCGUAUCAUUUGGCAAGGCGGUGAUGGAGGCCCACAUGAGGACAUGUUUAUACAACAAUGACCAAAUAGAGACCCUGAAACAGAGACCAGCAACAGCAGAACAGGUGGUCGCCUACAAGAGUAUGACUCAUCGCCAGCUGUGGAUCGAGAUGGCCGAGAAGAUCACGCUUGCGGUACAACAGAUAAUUGAGUUUGCCAAGAUGGUCCCUGGUUUCAUGGAUCUGUCCCAGGACGACCAGAUCAUGCUGUUGAAAGCAGGGAGUUUUGAGCUGGCUCUGAUGCAGGUGUGUCGUGUGUACGAUAGUGCAUCCGAUAGCGUUAUAUUCGGCAAUAACUUCGUACCUUUAGAUGCCUUUUCAGUUCUCAGUGCAGAAGAGUCAAUACUGAUGAGGAGCAUCUUUGAAUUUGUAAAGAUUAUUCAAGACCUGAAAAUAACAGACAGCGAGCUGGCUCUCCUCAGUGCUCUGAUUUUAAUAAGUUCAGAUCGACCAGGUUUGAAAGACACAACUGAUAUCCAAAAACUACAUGAAAAAAUUUUGACAGCUCUGAAAUUAGAAAUUGGCGCCAACCACCACGAUGAUCAUGAAUUGCUUUCGAAGUUGUUGACACAAACCCCCAUUUUGCGGACAUUUUCUCUACACCAUAUUCGUGCUCUCAAUAGGUUUCGAGAGACUGCUGCUGAUGUAGAGUUCCCUGCCCUUCACAAAGAACUCUUCUCUGUGGAGACCAUAGAAUCAUCAUGAGAGAACUUCAGAUUCUAGGGAUGUGUUAAUUUUUCAAAGAUUCUGGUUGGAUGAUUUGUGUGACCUGACACUCCCUCUUCCAUAAAUGGAAUCUGCCAAAGCUGAGGCUGGAAGAGUUCAUCCAUGAUUUCAAGGGGUGUUGGAUAGAACAUAAUGAAAUACAUUUGAUUGUUCCAGAAUUCUGGGAAUGGAAGAGAAUUUUCCGCAUGUGCUUUGACAGAGGUCAGAGGUUGUUGCAAUGUGAUUAUUCAAAGUUGUUUUUCUUCCUUUUUUUUUUUUUCAAAAUGAAUAGCGUUUUACCACCAUCAUAGUGUAUAUUACAUAAUUCCUCCAUGCAUGUUGUGUGCUGUACCUAUCACACGUUUCACAUAUAUCGCCACCGUAUCACACGUGUGAGUGGACAAUACGAGCAGCACGGAGUCCUAUAGAUCUAGAUCUUGUAUAAUCGGGUUAUAUAUACUGUAUAGUUCUAUAUUCAUCCAUUAUCAUCCUACGAGAGUUACCAUUAUGUAGGUUAGUGUCUAAUUCUGAAAAUUUGAAUAUCGGUCAAAUUCCAGAAUCGCUCCUUAUGAUUGAAACAUUUCAGAAAUCACCAGCGAUUCCUCACAUGUGUUACGUCUAAUUAUCCCUUACCUCAAUCUUGAAUGGAUCCGUUACCAAAUCUGUUCUUUUCAUUGUAAACUUUAUUCACUCCUCAUUGUAAUAUCUUAUUUUCCCGCGCUGUUAAAAGACAGUUUCAGUGAGUUGUAGAGUGGUUGGAAUGCAACCAUUGCAGAUUUUUGUAAAAAUCAAGUUUCUGUUGAAUAUGUGCUUCAGAAAUAGUAAAAAUUCUUCAGCUGAAGGUUUGUGUGGGUCUGUAUUUUUUUAUAAUUUACAACGUUCGACAUAUUAAGAGCCUAAGCCAGGAGAAAAUGAGUGUCUUAUUUCAGCUGAUCCUGGUAUGUUGGUUCGGGUUGUUCUUUCAAUUUUUAAAAUAAUUGUUUUGUCAAAAUGGUAAUUUGCAGUAUUUGGGGUAUAAGCGUUUUUAGAAUGACAUUGUUGAAGAUUAAAAGUGAUGACUUUCUAUCUAUAGUGAACUGUAAUUAAAUUAAAAUAUUGAAAUAUUAUGGUGAAACUUGAAAAACACCCGAAAUUUAAUGAUGAUUAUUCAGAUAAAGGUCAAACAGGAAAUUUGAAAUAUAUAUUCUUUUUUGCACCUAAAGCCAUAAUGAACAUUUAAAAACUCGGAUUUCUCUGAUCUCUCUCUGUUUUGAAGACUUAUAAGAAGACAGGUUCAAGGUUGAGUAUCCAUAAAGUGGAAAGGGCAGUUAGGGUGUUUGAUCGUCACGCUGGUUACCCAGGUUUGAUUCCCUAUAUGGGUAUCAUGGAAAACCUGUCUAUGGGUCAUCCACCAUGAUAUUGCUGAAAUAUUUUGAAGGUCAUCCACCAUGAUAUUGCUGAAAUAUUUUGAAGGUCAUCCACCAUGAUAUUGCUGAAAUAUUUUGGAAAUGGUAACAAAACCCAAAUUAACUGAAAUCAUAUGAUUAUUGGCAAAGGGCAUUUAAUGUGUCGAAAACGGUAGUGCAUUUACAACAUAUACGUUUUUAAGUAUGCAAUUAGAGUAUCUGUUUGGAACCUGAUUGAAAAUUUGCCUAGCUUUGUGCUGAGAAAAGUACAACAGGCCUUUUAUUUUUUAUUAGUUGGAUUUUAAAAAUUACCUAAAUUUAAUAAUAGUAAUAAUAGAUUUAUAUAGCGCCUAGUAUCCCUCAAAAGGUCCUCACUGGCACCUCACUACUUUCAAUGUAAAUAGUUGUGAAAAAGAAGUAAAUAAUUACAUAACUUACACAUUAGGUCUGACAGUACUAGCGUCCAAACGAUAAACGAUUAUUUGGGGAUUUUUUGGCCUGAAGACUGAAGAAUAUUAUAAUACUAUUCACCAAUUUUUGUGACCAGUGGUAAUAACAUCUCAUUUUUAUUAAUAAUUUUUUUUUAAUUUCAACUGAUCUUAACAUUUAAUUGUAGAAAUAUUUUGGGUCAAUAGUAAUUAUAUUUUUGUCGAAUUUCAGUUGUAAUUCUUUUGUCACAAGAUCUUGUAAACCAGCUAAAGGAGCAUAUGAGGCCUGAUGUACCAGAGUUCAUUAGAUGAGACCAUUCUUGUCAAGUUUGUAGCAUGUUUAAGCUUUGUCCUUAAUGCAAUGUUGAUGCAGAGUACAAAAUCUUGAUGGCAGGCAUUUCGAAGGCAGCACCACCCUAAGCGUACAAGAUUGGGGCAGUCAGGAACGAGCACUAAAACCUUUUAUGCCUUACAGUCGAAAAACGUACAUUGCUGUGUUUUGUUGUGUGUGUUUUUCCAGAAAAUACAUGACCAAUUUUUCGGGGAGUGAAAUUUAUAUAUAUAUAUAUCGGUUUUAAUGAUUAUUUUGUUAAAACUAUUUCUGAAAAUGUCUGUGCUUUAUUUCAGUACAGAAGAGGAUAUUUCAGAUGAUUUGAUUGGUUGAUUUGAUUGGUUGAUAUCCCACAAUGCAGUGCAUAUUUACGUAAGGGGAAUAAUAAUCCAAAUCUUACUGAGAGAAUAAUGAUUUCGUGAUUUGACCUUGACACAUUUACGUUUGUAAUUUCCAACAAUUAUGAUAAUCUUAACAAGCCCAUGAUCUCAAAUAGCGUUGAUUAAUGACACAAUUUGAGAUUGGAUUUUGAAUUUAUGACAUGAAAUAUGAAGACUUUACGGUUGAAGUUGUUGUGUUGAUGUAAAAUAGCAGGAACUGACUGUUCACCUGUCCGUGCCAUUUUAUUAUCGUGUAUGAUAUGUUCAUAUUUCACACCCGAUUUCAUAGGCAUUUACAUUUUCUUUGACCUACGAAGUUGAUCUUCACAAAAAGAGUAUUUUAUGAUCAGUUUUAAUAUGUACAGUGUCCUGUAAAAUGUCAAGGCUUUUGACUUCCUUGUUUCAUACAAGUUAUAUGAAGUGUCUCAGACAGUUACCUCCCUUUGUUUAUUGAUUUUCACAUUUUGUGACUUUUUUCCAGUAUAUUUACCUCACUCAUAUUUACUAGUUUUGUGUGAAAUUUUAUGGAAAUGAGCUAAAACAUGAAAUGAAACAGAUCAGGCUGUUAGUUUAUUUAUGAACAAGGGGAGGUAACUCUUAUAAGGUAAUCAAUCUCAAUGUGUUUUAAUAGGAUGGAAAUCCAUCCAGCCAUGCAUUUGUUAAAUAUGGUAAUUACCCAAGAUUGAUUAUCUUAUAAGACACUUUUAUUGUUUAUAAUUAUGACAGUUAAACAGAUAUAUUGAAGUUUGUAUUGUACAUGGUACUCGUCUAUACAAGAGCUCUUCAACUUGCUGUACAUAGCUCACUUUGUACAAACAGUCUACCUUAAAUCUGUUAUUCAAAGUUUUGCCAAGUGGUUGGAAUAAGCAUCACUGUUGUCUCCAUGGAGACGUCUCGAUGGUGGUUAACAUGUUAUGAAUUUGUGAAGUCAUGGAAUCAUAUUUAUGGCAGCAUGAAACACUGACUUGUCUGGAGACUCCGCGAACUUGUUGGUUUGAAAAUUUCCCAGUUUUUAUUAAAUGACAAUGUGGAUUAAGGCCAGAUCAAUUUUGAUUUUGGAUGUUCAUGUAAGUGACACUAUUUUGCAUUUAACUGUGCUUCUAAUUAUGGUGACAAUAUUAAGAUUCCGAUAAAAAUUAUUUUUGAAACUAUCAUUUGGUCUUUUGGUUAUCAUAAAGCCUCACAUUUCUGAUGUCCCCACAGUGAUAUUUUUUUGAAAAUGCAAAAAGUAAGUUAAAACUAUCCUUUAAAAAAAAUAUUGAAUGAAAUUAGUUUUGAACACAGUAACAUCUUUCAAACAAAUGAAAUGUUUCAAACAAAUUAUGAAUUGAUAUACAUUUUUAUAACUUUUUAAUAUAUUUCAAAUUGUUUGGUAAGCUCACUUUUAGAAACAAAUAAAUUGUUCUGGCCUUAUGAGCACUUUUCAAGCCAUAACAAAGUGUUUAGAAUCGUUUUCACAAUGUGUCAAUCAUAAGAAAUGUUAAAGCAGGUUCUUCAUUUCUAUGCCCUGGCAAGAAUGAAACGGUCAUGUUUGAGAUGAUCUGAUUGGCUGGCAGCUAGCUUGGGAGAGUCCAUCCUGAACUAUACGUGGUGGCACCACCUUAUCCAAUUUGUAUAUAAUCACUUGAAUAAGCAGUUAUAUCAGGGAAUACAGAGUAGACCUCAGGGCGGCUACAUCGUCUUUAGCUGGAGAGACAAACUAGCUUUCCCCACAUCAACAGACUGGUGGGUUACUCUCAGAGGCGAGGGGUGCAUUUUAGUCAAAAAAUACAUCUACAGAUUUAUCUUUAGCUCUGAUCCGAUACAUCCCUGCAUGAAGAUCUGGUCGGUUACUAUCAGAGGGGGUGGGGUGGGGUGCGUUUUAAUCUUUAAAAAAUGGACAUCUACAAUACACUUAUCUUUUGCUCUGAUCCGAUACCUCCCUGUCUGAAGAUCUGAUGACUUCUGGGCACAUGUGCCCAGAAACAUAAGGUGCCACAAUUUGCUGUGCAGAGUUGUGUCCCUUGGGCACACCAGGAAACUUGGUUGAUUUUGAAUCCUGGUUACCACCCAUCGUGUGUUUCUAGGUUUUGCCGGCCAUACCUGUACUUGUGGUCUUCCAGAGAUGCCAACCUCUACGAUUUUAUCGUAGUCGCUAUGAAUUUUAGCCGCAAACUAUGCCAAUACGAUUGCACUAGAAAUUCUACUAUAUUUGAAGAAAAUUGAUUAAUAUUCAGAUAUAUAGACAAAAACGUAUAUUAUCGUUGAUUAAAUACAUUUCGCCAAACAGAGAUGACAAGAAGAAAUGUAAUGCUGAUAAUUUGGAAAUCUGCUGUUGGAGGUAUGUGAAAUUAAAGCUAUACUCAGCCUGUUUCUGGUGUCCUCCGCCAUAAUAUUACUGGAAUAUUGCCAAAAGCGGAGUAAAACUGAACUCACUCACUCACCCUGAGUGAAGGUUUGGUUCUUUGGCCAAUCAGAUGUCUGCUUUCUGAAGCAGUUACCAUUUCUUUGCCAUUAGAAUCCGUAAAUUCAGUUUACGAAAACGACAUCACAUUCGACACCGAAGGGGUGCUUCUCCCAUUAGGGUUUAAGUCUAUGCUUUCAGCAACAGAGUGUAUAAAGGAUCCACGAAAAGAUAAUAGCAUGGGCUUUGUUAUUUACAUUUGGAACCGGUCAGUCAAGUCCGUCUUUUUAUGUAGAUCUUCAAGAGGAGAGGUAUCAGAUCAGAGUGAAAGAUGUAAAUGAGAUUGAAUCAAUCCUUGUUAUAUUUUCAGUAACCUUGUCAGUUUUUUCUACUUACAUGAUGCCCCUUGCAUAUGUUUGAGUAACAGGCCAAUCUGGAAGGGGCUCUUUCAGCCAGUUCAUGGUAGGAGAUAUAGCCAGAGGUAGCUGCAAAUGUAUUUGAUAGAAAACUGUUGCAGACUGGAGCAGGUGCUUGUGACUCCAUCUUUGACAGCCUGUUUAAGUGGUAGAGUACAUGGCUAUGGCAUUAAAUCAGGCGAAAGAGCCCCUUUAAAUUUGCCAUGGCAACAGAUGUUAAAUUUAGCAUGGUGCAGACUUGAUGGAGACGGGUUGUCAUGGUUACCUUUAAUAAAAAAAAUUAAACUUUGAUUGUAGUUAGUUGUUGGGAAUAUUUUGACAGUGUUUUAACCAAACUUCAUCAGUCUGAACCUGUUCUUUAUAUAGGAUAGACAUUUGUUACCAUGGCAACGAUCCUUGCACUCUCAAGAACCAGAUUUAAGGCUUUAAUUUAAGGCUCUGUAGAUUACAUGAACUUGGGUAUCCAGCACAUCAACCGUAUUUUGUUUUGGGAAAAUUAAGCGUGAUUGUCCUGGAUAUUGUAAACAGUACUUGGAUACAAUCCAUCUGACGAAUUCCUCAGAUUUUUAUGUUUUACUGUUUAUCUAUAGAUGAAAGAUACUAUGUAAAUUCAUUUUAAAAUCAUGGCUUUGAUGAUAAUUAUUUUAUUUCAAGAACUUCUUGUCAGUGCAAGGGUCAAAGUUCAUCAACUAUUGCAGACUUUUAUAAGAGUGUUCUGGUGUAGCUGACAAUUUUUCGUCCUCCAUUACAACACUGUUGCUUGGCUGUCUAAUUUUUGUUUUAUAAUGGUAGUACAGGAAUCCUUGAUCUUGAAGGAUCAUUUUUGAAAUAUCCACCCACUGCACUCAUUAAUCGCUUGUCUUUCAUACACCCAAAACAGUGGUGAAGUUGCUUUUUCAUUAUUUGAUAGGCGGUUAUGAUGGGAGUUACCUGCCCUUGCCUUUAUUUUUAAUUUGGUUUUAGUGGGAUUUAGAGUUACCUAGCCUUGCUUAUGUGUGAAAAUUGGGUUUGGUGGGAUUUAGAGUUACCUGCCCUUGCCUGUAUUUUUAACUUGGUUUGGAUGGGAUUUAGAGUUACCUGCUCUUGCCUUAUUGGAAAAUUGGUUGAUGUGGGGUUUUGAGUUACCUGUUCUUGCUUUAUUUGAUAGUUGGUUUACCUGCCCUUGCCUUUGUUUGAAUUUUGGGAUUUCUGUUGGAGCCGACUGCCUUCAGACAAAAGCCAUUCAGAAUAUACAGUAAUACUAGUUUAUUCUUGCUCGCCCAACUGCUGUAAUCUUUAUUGAUUUGAAAAAGGAAAAUCAAUGGCCACAAAACAUCUGUUACACAUAAGCAGAAAUACUGCUCACUGUGCGGAGUUGCCUCCCUUUGGUUCACUAGAAACAAGUUGGCUCGAGGGUUUGUCAUCACCAUCACAGGUUCCAAGGGUUUCACCAUGGGGCUAAUUGCCCAACACCUGCAUCUCUUUGGAUUUCCUCCUCAAAGCUGGUGUACCAUGAUAUAACUAGAAUAUUAUUCAAGACUGCAUUAAGCCCAAAA